AUGAAAGUGAGGGAGAAAAUCUUGGUCUUGCUUGACUCUUGGCAAGAAGCUUUUGGUGGGCCUGGAGGAAAGCAUUCUCAAUAUUAUUGGGCAUAUGAUGAAUUAAGGCGUUCUGGAGUAGAAUUUCCCAAGCGUUCAUUAGACGCCGUCCCUAUUUUUAUACCCCCUGCUUCACAUCAGACCAUGGGUCGUCCUCAACUUGGAUAUGGAAUGCCUAGAAAUGCUUCAGGAAGGCUUGAUGAAACUAUCGCUACAGAAAUUGAGAGUUUGAGCUUGUCAAGCAUGGAGGCUAUGCAGAAUGUUCUGGAACUCCUAAGUGACAUGCUACAGGCAGUAAAUCCUGGUGAUUCUGUGGCUGUAAAAGAUGAAGUGAUAGUUGAGCUUUCCAUUCUGUUCAGGCUGAUGCACGUUUAAGAGAAGAGCUCAAAAAAGGAAAGUGGCUAUGGGGGAUUCCCGAGACAUUUUGCAUCUUAGAAAAGGCCUCUUGAAAGCAGUUUUGGGUCAUCUUGAGUGGCAGGUCUGUUUCUUGUUUUGUUAUGCCCGGGAUGGUUUUGAAGGGGUUGAGACACACACACAAUAAUUUUUUUUUAUACAUAACUAGAGA